CUUUCAGUUCACUGCAUUCCCUCAGUUUCUCAGUUUCACAGAAGCCUUCGAAUAUGUCUCUUCCCUUCCUCGACUGCAACCCAUCCCUAUUUCUUGCAUCUUCUCAACCCUUCUCUAGAAGACUUCAUACCCUCAGUUUCUCAUUUUCACAGACUUCGAAUAUGUCUCUUCCCUUCCUCGACUGCAACCCAUCCCUAUUUCUUGCCUCUUCUCAACCAGUCUGUAGAAGAGGUCAUAACAGACUGCAUAUCUUCUGUUGGUACAGCAACAUGGGACAGGUCCUUGGCAGACUUCAAGGUAAGUUGUGGAGGCAAAAGCAAGUGAGGCAAAUAACCGAAAGGGUCUUCGAUCGUAUUAAGAAUGAUUCAGGAAGGGCUAAUUUGAAGUUCGAAGAUUUAUACAUCGCUGUCCUACUUGUGUUCAAUGAUAUCAAUAAGCUUUUACCCGGACCGCAUUUUGAUCCACCCUCCAAAGAGCAUGUCAGAACUAUGAUUCAGAUCUGUGAUCUCAACCUUGAUGGAGAAAUUGAUCUUGAGGAAUUUGUGGCAUUUAUCCAGCAGCUGACAACUGAGACAUUCAUUGCUGUUAGUCAGGGACUGAUUAUCACUUUGCUUGUGGUACCAAUAAUUGCAGUGGCCACAAAGAAUGCUAUUGAGAGUGUCCCAGGAUGUGGAAAGAUGGUGAAGAAGUUGCCAUAUUCAAUUUAUGCAUUCCUAGUGACACUUGCAGUUGUGUUCAUUCAACGAUUAAUAUUCUCUUGUCUGGACUCCAAAUAGAGUGUUUUUGAGUUUAAAGCUGAAUUGAUCUAUAUUGUACAUGCAAGGAUCUGUAUUUAUAUAAUGGCAUGAAUGGAAAUCGUAUUAAACUGUCAACUAAGUUAAUUGAA